AUGGUUAGUCGCUUGUUGAGCCACAAAUCCGUCACCCCAUUGGUAGACCUGUGCCAUUCUGCCACCUACGGGGCCAGGAGGUGCACCAUCCUCUACCUCGGUCUCCUGCACAUGCGCGACAACUUUCGUCAAACGAUUGGUCAAAGACUUGCUGACGCUGUUGUCACCAGCGGUGGCAUCAAGUUGCUCGAGAGUCUGGCGGGGGAUGUACUCUAUGAACAGGUACCCGUAAGGCAACGAGAGGCCUGUAGAACCGUCUAUGAAGAAACGAUACACUUGCAGGAUAUACACAACGGUCGGAUCGAGGCGGCGAUACGCAGAGACGCACAGCACGCCUGCGGAUAUAGCAUGGCGUUCUUGUUUUUUCUCAACCCGAUUGCAGAGACGAAUCAGGUAGGUCUAGGGGGCACAUCGAACAAUCCAGCGCGCGACAAAUAG